UGCAUUUCUGCUUAAGCUUCGAUCUUCAUGAGCCAGCUAGAUCCCACUCGUCUGCGCUCAUUAUACCGACUUACCUUGCGAGCGAUAUCAGCAAGCGUUCUUCAUCAGCCUACCGCCACGCGGAACCUGAGGUUUUUGUACAGACCGAUUUUUGAAGAUGUAGUUAUGAAACUGGCUCACUCGCCAUCGCGAGAGUGGAAAGAUCAUUGGACACACACGACCGACGAAACCUUAGAGCUGUUGUACUCUUCGGCGGUGUCAAAGUGCCUAGCUCACAAAGCCAUUCGCAAUAUUUCAUGGAUAGUCCAAGGCCAUUUACGUAGUUUGUAUCCUCGAAAUUUACCGAAGUGGGACUCUAAGAAGCCCCCUGAGCGAGUGAUUACUGUGACCCAAAAGGGUGCCAAGCUGCCAUCUCAGAAAGCUUCGCAGAUAGCAGCACGGAUAGAUUACGGGCUCGGCGAAGUCAUCAAACUCGCGGAAUGCACUGGUGGCAUCACCCUUGGUCGCCUUAGGAGGUUUCGAUAGACCAUAUGGGCUGCUCAACCGUAUAGGUCUUGGCGGGAUAAAUUACAUUUAUAAAUAUUAUUAUGGUCGAUGAAACGCAUAACCUUUUCGACGAUCUUCAGUGAAACGAAGGGUAUGCCAUAAAU